AUGGCUGCAACGGCAAAACACGCACUCAUUUUUGGAGCGUCCGGGAUCUCCGGCUGGUCACUCCUGAAUCAAACCCUCCAAUAUCCCACAGCGACGACAUUUCAACGUGUGUCUGGUCUAUGCAACCGUCCAUUCCGCACAGAAGAUGCUCUUCUCCCGGAUGAUAACCGCCUCAACAUCGUAUCGGGCAUUGACUUGACACAACCUGUGGAAGCGGUGAAGACCCUGCUCAAGGAGAAGGUCCACGAUGUGGAGUCCGUCGAUAUAGUUUUCUUUUGUGCUUAUAUCCAAACGGACGAUUUCCAGUCGUUGCGUAAGGUCAAUACGGACCUCCUCCAAACCUCCAUCGAGGCCAUCUCUGCUCUUGCACCGGAGCUCAAGGCGGUCAUCCUGCAGACCGGUGGCAAGGGAUAUGGACUGGAAUUCCCGAAGGAGGUCGAUAUCCGGCCUCCGCUGCAUGAGAAAAUGCCCCGCAUUCCGUCCCCUUGGAGAGAGAACAUCUUCUACUAUGACCAGUACGAUCUUUUGCAGAGACUGUCCCAGGGCCAAAGGUGGACCUUUUCUGAGAUCCGACCAGAUGGCAUUGUCGGCUUUGCUCCUGGGUCCAAUGCCAUGAAUAUGGCAUACGGAAUUGCCUUUUAUCUGACGCUGUACCGAGAGAUCCACGGAAAGGAAGCUCAGGUGCCAUUCCCCGGGCGGGCGCAUGGCUAUCAUGCUCGCCAUACAGACACGUUUCAAGAUAUUCUUGCUCAGAUGGAGAUUUUUGCCGCUCUCAACCGCGACAAAUGUCCUAACGGAUCGAGCUUCAACUGUGGCGAUGGGGAGCCUGUCACCUGGGCUCGCGUUUGGCCGGGGAUCUGCUCUUACUUUGGUCUACGCGGUGUCGAGCCAGAGGAGAAGCCAAAGAGUAUGGAGGAGUUUGUUUCCAAGCAUAAGGCGGCUUGGGAUCGCUUGGUCGAAGAAAAUCGUCUGAAGCAGGGACUCGUUGAGGCACAGAAUUGGGGCCAUGCUAAUUUCAUGCUGGUUGAUUUCGACUUUUCCCGGGAAUACUCCCUUGAGGCUGCAAGAUCCGUUGGGUUCCUUGCACAUAUCGAUACUGUUCAGGGUUACUGGACUACCUUUGACAGGAUGGUGAGAGCAAAGUUCAUCCCCGAGCCAUCUUCAUGA